CCGAUGGGUCCCACGGAGAGGUAAGGACCACAGCCCCCCCAGUCGUGGCUGGCCCGCCCUGUGUCCUCGGGGUCCCCCGGGGCGCCCGAAGUGGGGUCCUCGGGGUCGCCUGGGGCGCUUGGCUGCCUCUCGUGACGGCUGCAUCGCGGCAUCCAGGGCACAGCACUGCAGAGCAGGCAUCUCUGCCAACCCCCGAGACAUCGUGGUCAACGUCGUGAUCUACAUGCAUGACAGAACACAGCAACGACGAGCACAGCACACAUCGUGUCACGCAGAGUAUACACCUUGUACAUGUCAGGCAAGAGUAGAUCAAUGCAGACAUUGCCAGAUACGCAUCCACCACAGUGUACACAUCAUGGCACGGCAGAGAAUACCAAACAUCAGGAGCGAAGUACGCACAAAACGCACGUAGAACGCAUACCACAACAAGGCACAGCAUAGCAGACACCGUGAUCCGCAGAGCACAACACAGCUGAUGAUACAUGUUUCGCAUCAGCCACUUGGGCCAUGGGCCAUGGGCGACGAGGCGCGGGUUUGCUAAUAAAGCUGCCAUUUGGAACGAAUGUCUGGAAUCUGCCUCAAAGUUCCAUGGAGGACUUCUGUGUGUUCCACACUCCCCACCCGCUGUUGCCGGAGCGUUGCGUGGAGUGCAUACAUGGGCUGGAAAGGUGUGAGAUCAACAGCGGCGUCAACUUGAAUGGUAUCUCCAGGCUCCACCUGUAUGAAAUUGCUACUCGUAAGAUUGAGACGAAUAACCAGAUUACCCCAAUGCGAUCCCCGCCAUGCGGAACAGAAGCCAAUGCCUGGCGCGGAAACAUGGGCUGAAAAAUAGCGGCGUGUCCCAUGAACCGCCUCAGCAGCGUCCGCAGAUGCCACCGCAUCUCGGGUCAUUUCCCCUGUGAUGAACACGGCAAAUCCAGCGAAGGCGCCUGAGCGGUCACACACAAACGUCAGCCUGCGAGUGUGCUUCCCAAUGAGAGCCUUAUUGUUGGAAGGUAACCUUGCAAAGUCGAGCUCUUCAAAACAUUGCGGGUGGGCUAUCGCGCAACUUGCGAAAGGAAAGUUGUCGAUGCCUACGACAAGCCUGCCCUGGGGAAAGGCCUCCCCAACCCGGUAUCCAUCAGGCGACCCUGCGUCAAGCAGCUGCUCUUUUGUGGGUAUCUCCACAGGGACCAGCCAGCUCCGUGCCCGUGCAGGCACCGUCCAUGGCCCCAUCACAGCUUCAAGCGACUGUUUUGCAUGACGCGCAAACGCAUCGCGCAGUAUCGCUGCGGCCCCCUCGCAGCCAGCAAUCAAACCGAUCAACUCGUGUACAACGAGGUCGGCUUUUACUGGAAGGACCACACUCGAGCUCUCACCCUGCUUCACUUCGAUCUUAGAAGCCCACGCAUCAUGGGACGCGUUGAGAAAUCUGCUGGCAAGAUUAGCUACGUCAGGAUCCACCUCAAUUGCAAAUACCUGACCUGCACCUGCUUUGGCUGCCUGACCCGCGAGAAGCGCAAACGGCCCUGUUCCAAUGUCUACAACUACGUCUCCAGUCUUUACAACUUCCUGCAGUGCUUGCGCAUACGCCUCUGUCCGAGCAGUGUCAGCAACCAUUUCGUCGUACAUCUCAUGGCAAUACCUUCCCUCUAAGUUCUCAGGCGUGAGCAUGUCGACGGUGGAUUCCAGAAGCGCCCUGGACUGUACAAGCCUGCUGUGGAUACGUGCAGCCACGGCAAUUAGAAAGGAAGUGAUGAUAUCAAAAAUAACUACAGACGACUUCCUGACUGAGCACCCAAGCUCAGCCAAUGACUGGCGCAGCAGGCAGUAAAAUUAAAAUCAGCACCAACUCUCAGAGAGCAAGAGCACAACUUUAGCCGAGCAUGCACCACAGGAGCUUGCAGAAUCGGCGCCUGCCUGAAUGCGAACCUUGAACCAACACGGCGACUU